AUGGCUAACUGGAAAGAUUUGCGAGCCUUUAAACAGGCCUCGCUCAACAUGGUGCUGGCGAUCUUCGUCAUGAGCGUCAGCGUCUUUAGCUAUGGGUUUGACAACAGUGUGUUCUCUACGAUUCAAGCAAUGGACGCAUACGAAAAGCGAUUCGGCAGCUAUGAUCCUGAGACAAAAACAUGGGGAUUCACUACACAACAUCUAUCAUUCCUCAACUCCUUCGGUCUUCCCGCCAAAUGUGUCGGUGCAGUCACGGGCCUUUUGGUAGCAGAAAGAUUUGGCAGAAGAAUAUCCUACAUAUCUAUGCAAUUUGUCGUUCUCGUCGGCAUUGCUGUCAGCUACAGUGCAACGUCUUAUGGUGGUGCUCUAGCGGGCCGCAUUCUAGUGCAAUGUUUUGUUGGAUGGGACAACUUCCUCGUCCCCAUGUUCCUGGCUGAGAUCAGCCCGGCAGCUCUUCGGGGUGCAAUCGUCGUAAUUUACGUUUUCGCACAUAUCUUUGGCUCUCUCAUCUGCUCAUUCAUUACGCUCGUCACGGCAAAGUACGAAGGCGAUGCCUCUUGGCAGACUCCACUUGCUUCUAUGUUCGCUUUCCCCGCAUUUGUGUUGUUAUUUUCCUGGUUUGUACCGGAAAGUCCACGGUGGCUUGUUCGCAAGGGUCGGAAUGAGAGCGCCUUGAAACACCUACGAUGGCUCCGUGGGUCUCGCCUUUCGGAGGAAGAGAGUCAGGCCGAGGUUCAUGCGCUACAAGAGAGCAUCGAUCGAGACCGGGAAGUUAAAGGGAAAUGGGGUGACUUUUUGAAGGGGCCAAACAGGAGACGACUCCGGGUCGCAAUCGCUGUCGCUAUUUUUAAUCAAGUUACAGGGCAGAGUUUCAUGAGUCAAUAUGGGGCUAUCUUCAUCAAAAGCCUGGAUACCCUGAGUCCUUUUACAUUUCAAUCUAUCUCAUCCGGAAUCACCUGCCUGGGACCCAUUAUCACCUUCACAUUCGUCGACAUGAUCGGCCGACGCCCAUUUUAUCUUCUUUCCGGAACAGCCUGUACAACAGUUCUCCUCAUUUGCGGCGGUCUAGGGACUGGUGAGGUCUCUGCAUCUGACAAAACCGGCAUUGUCGCCACCUGUACACUAUUCGGCUUUUUCUAUGUCAUGUCAUUUGGCGGGAUUGGUGCUGUGACUGCUGCUGAAGUCCCCCAUCUACGACUACGAGACAAAAAUGCCUUGAUGGUAUACUGUACUCAAUUUGUCUUUGAUUUCAUCGUCACACUGACUCUGCCUUAUCUUCUAAAUACCGAUUAUGCAAAUCUUCACUCCAAGGUUGGAUUUAUUUACGGCAGUUGUGGCAUACUUGCUCUCACCUGGGCGUACUUCUGCCUCCCUGAUAUGGCAGGACGAUCGCUUGAGGAGUUGGAAGAGAUGUGGGCUGAGGGUGUGCCUGCUCGCGCGUUUCGCAAAUGGCAAUCGUCUGGACAAAGUAGCGUCAACGGUGAUAUUGCGAAAAUUUCAAUCUCCCCAAAAGACGAUUGUGAUAGCUGCUAA